AUGUGUUCUCAAAGAAAAGUUUGUCUAAUUCUUUUGGUGGGUAUUCCAGGUAGUGGAAAGUCAUUUUUCCGAGCGUUUUUAGAAGAUUAUAUGAGAGCUAACAACAAAACAGAGUUGGGACUUACGCGACUUUGUUCGGUUUGUUAUGAUAACUAUAGUAGUGUAAGGAAUCCUAGCCAGCUGUGCAAUGGUAACAAGUGGAAAAAUGAAAGAUUACAAGUCAUGAAAGAUGUUGAGAAAAUUUGUAUACUUCUAAAAGAAAAUGACUAUAAAAAUAUUAAAGAAUUGUUUCCAAAUGUGAUAGUAAAUGGAAGUGAAGAGAAUCCAGAUUGUAAUUUAAUUGUGAUUGAUGAUAAUAUGUUUUACAGAAGCAUGAGAUACGAAUAUUUUAAAUUAGGUAAAGCUAACAAUUUGAGCUUUUGUCAAAUUUUUUUUGAUAUUUCACUUGAAAAAGCAUUAAAAUAUAAUGAGCAACGUAAUAUAAAAGCAAAAAUACCAGAAACAAUUAUUAAAACUAUGUUUUCUAAAAUUGAACAACCCCAACCGGCAAGAAAUUUAUGGGAAAUAAACUCUGUAAUUGUCUCAUCCCAUGCAGACUUUAAAGACAAACAUGUUUUUAAUUCUGUUAUGACAUGUAUCAAGAGUGCUGUAGCAAAUCCACUUAAAGUAAUUGACAUGGACUCUAUUAAGGAGGAGGCUAAGCGGAUUACCAAAUCAAAUGCUCUUCAUCAGAUUGAUAAUGUUUUGAAACAGCUUGUUGGCCUUUGUAUAAAACGAAAACUUCAAGAGAAUUCAGAGAAAUCUCAUUUAAUAUCACAACAUUUUAGCGAUAAAAGACUGAAUAUAUUGCAGCUAAUAAAGGAGAAAAACUUAAUUUUACCGAUAGAUUUUAAUUCACCAGUUGACAGUGACAAAAUUAACUUGAUAAAACCUAUUCUGUUAGAUUUACUUGAGAAGUGAUAAGCAAUCACUCAGUGUUGAACAGUCUUGUGAUUAAGUUUAAGUUUAGUAGAAAAGCUUACUUUAGUUAUCAAGACAUUAUUAAGUUUAUAAAAAUCUCAUUAAUAACAUUAUGUGGUGGUUAUACAGUAUGAUUAUUACAUUGUAAUAAUUAAGUAUUUCAAUGUAAAAAAAUUAAAGAGUUAUUAAACAUUGUACUAUAAUGCUUCA